CACGUGAUUUUCAGCAGCUAGCUAACAUUUGCUGCAUGGAUAUACACAUCUGAAAUGGACCAUGUCAUUUUGAUCAAUUACCAUUCUUAGGACAAGUCAUUUAGCCUACAUCCAGUAAUUAGCUACAUUAUUUCGGGAGUUAAUAAUCAAUGGACCGUGUCACACUUGUUUUCCGCAACCUAGCUAGCUAAGUAACGUUAGCUUUCUGUGCUAGCUAGCUACCAUUCAUACCAUCACAGAUUGACUGGUUAACCAUCAACAUGGCAAAGCAUAAAACAUCUGCAAAAACUCUUAUAAUUGAAGAUGAUGAAGUCCGAGAAGAUGGUGACGAUAUGAAUCCCUUCUCCUUCAAAGAGUUCAUCCGCAGUAAAAACCAAGGGGAUCCAGAUGAGAAGAAGUACUCAACGCGAAAGAAGGCAUAUGGGAGCACAUUCCUGGCAGAGGGGGAAUAUACUACCCCGGGCCCUAAGAGCUUCGAUCAAGACUUCCAGGGACACUUUUACAUAGACCCCGCACCGUUUCCUCAGUCUCUGGACAAUGAGACAGAGGAGUGGGCUGGGAGUUACCAGCCAUCAGCUAUUGAGGAGGCGCAUGAAUUUAGACUGUGUGGCACUGCAGCAGCAGACAGCAGCACAUACUCUGGUCAGUCUUCCCUGUGCACCGAGGAAGAAGAGGAUACUUCCUCAUCUGUAUGGCAGAUGGAUGAAGAAUUCUCACCAAAGGCCCUCAGGGACAGGAGGGCACCAGUGAACUAUGAGGGAGAUGACGAGACAUCCAUGGCAGAGCUCUCCUACAAGACCAAGAAGAGUAGUACAGAGAAUGGCCAUAGGGAUCAACAAAAGCUGAGGGAGGAAAAUGCGCAGCUCAGGAAGAACAUUAAAGAUCUUGUGAAAAAGUCUGAGAAUGAUGAUCAAAGAAUUCGACACCUCACAGAUGAGUUGCACAAGAGAAGAGUGCAGGAGGAGAGGGAGGCUCAGGCUUUAGAGACCAUGGUCCACUCCGUAGAGCAGAACCUGCAGUUAAUGACCAACCGAGCAGUGAAGGCUGAAAACAUUGUAUCAAAACUCAAACAGGAGCUUCAUCAAUUACAGGGCCAAGUGGAGGGGUGCCGGUAUGAGAAUGAGAGACUUCGAGCUAGAGAGACAGCUGCCUUAAAUACAAUGAAACAUAACGCACAAGUGGCCUCGGAGUACCUUAACAAAGCAGCACUCAAUGCUGAGACUUCCAUCAAUUUGAUUCUGUCCACAGGCAAUUACUUACAGGAGCAGAAACUCUUUGUCUAGUAUCUCAACUGCUGCAGUCCAUCGACAACAUAUCUGAGAUUCACAAUGAAGGCUGAUGGAGUUUAAGGAGGCUAUAGAGUUCAGAUCUAGGACCAUCCAGCAAGGAACUGGAAAACAAUGAUGGCGUGUCAGUGUCACUCAACACUCACAGAGAAUCUAAAGUUGUGGUGUGUGCACUGAUUUGUGACAAAAUAAAAAAUAUAGAUUUUUUUUACUUUUACUUCAUAAAAUCUUUCGUUUUGAACCACUUUAACAGGCCAUUUGAAAACAUUAUGCUAACAGCUGUAUUUAAAGCUGAGGCAAAUAUGACUCAGAUUCCGAUUAAUAAACAUGUGACUCAAAGUUGGUUGUGUUUUAUUUUGUGAGCAUUGUUUACACAUUUUACACUGCAUAUGUUCCACACAAUCUUUGCUUGAAUGUAGUCCUACUAUUCGCAGUAUGAAUUAUCAGGAGAUUUUCUGUAGCUACUUGUCAGUUAAUUACUUCCUACGUUUUCCAACGUCUGAUAGCACUACAUUUUUUAAACCAGAAAUUGUAUUGUAUUGACUUUUGCUGAGACUGUCAGAGAGUCUGGUUAGUAAUGCGUGUCUUUGAUUGAGUUUUUGUUGAUUGUACCAGUAUUAAAUAAUACAUAAAUACAUUAUUAUACCAGGUCAAAUGGACAUUUGGCAUUAAUUUCAUAGGUAUUCAUGAAUGCCAAACAUAGUUAGCCUUUUUUUUGUUGGCCUGAUUGGAUAACAGUUAUGUGGAUCCUACCAGCCACCACCAUGUACAGAAUCUCAACCCAUAACCCCCCUCCCUCUAAUGUGUAUGUGUAGGUUAAUGUGUGUAUUGUAUUUUGAUGAUGUAUUGUGCUAAUCUGGAAAAUACACUUUUGUUUUAGCAUUGA